CGUGAAGAAAGCGAACAUUUUAUUAUUAGUCUCUUUCUCUUCCCUAUCAGCACUGAUUCAAAAUCGAAUUUUUUUCGAAGAUAAUAAUUUGAGAGAGGGAAAUAAUCUAGAAGAUCUACAAGUAGGUUCUGUUUAUAUUAAUGGAAGGGGAAGGACAGCAGCAGAAGGGGGCAACAACAAUGGAGGCAGGUCUUUUAGACAGCAUAAUAAGUCGUUUAUUAGAAUUUAGACAAACGAGGUUAGCCAAACAACCGCAGGUUCAGCUUAGUGAAAACGAGAUCCGCCAACUCUGUGCUGUUUCUAGAGAUAUAUUUCUUCAGCAACCUAAUCUUCUCGAGCUCGAAGCCCCCAUCAAGAUCUGUGGUGACAUUCAUGGGCAAUAUUCAGAUCUUUUGAGGCUUUUUGAAUAUGGAGGCUUUCCUCCCAGUGCCAAUUAUUUAUUCCUAGGUGAUUAUGUGGACCGUGGGAAGCAAAGUUUGGAAACAAUAUGCCUCUUGCUUGCCUACAAAAUCAAGUAUCCUGAGAACUUCUUCCUUUUAAGAGGAAACCAUGAGUCUGCUUCGAUUAAUCGAAUUUAUGGAUUCUAUGAUGAAUGUAAACGACGGUUCAAUGUGAAACUUUGGAAGACAUUUACAGAUUGUUUUAACUGUCUUCCUGUUGCUGCUCUUAUAGAUGACAAAAUAUUGUGCAUGCAUGGUGGGCUUUCCCCUGAUUUAACAAAUUUGGAUCAAAUUAGGAACUUACCUCGUCCAACUGACGUCCCAGAUUCUGGUUUGCUUUGUGAUUUACUCUGGUCUGAUCCUGACAAGGAUAUCAAAGGCUGGGGAGUGAAUGACCGGGGGGUGUCAUAUACCUAUGGUCCUGAUAAGGUUGCAGAAUUCUUAAUGAAGAAUGAUAUGGACCUUGUAUGUCGUGCUCAUCAGGUUGUUGAGGAUGGAUAUGAAUUCUUCGCAGAGAGGCAGCUUGUAACAAUAUUUUCAGCUCCCAACUAUUGUGGUGAAUUUGAUAAUGCCGGUGCAGUGAUGAGUGUUGACGAAACCCUAAUGUGCUCUUUCCAAAUACUUAAGCCAGCAGAUAAAAGGUUCAGGUUCAUGUGAAAUGUUUGCUGUCCUAUAACCACGUACCAUUUCUAUGACUUCUUUUCAAGUGUAUCACAAGGAGGAUCAUAUGGAGAUGGAGAUGGAGAUGUUGUCAUCAAAGCUGCUCCAACUUUGAGCUGCUGCUGCCAUCAUGAUGUUACAAUGUUUCUUGUUUCAAGGGGAUGGGUUAUUUGUUGAAAAGGCUGUGUUUGCAGGAGCUUUCCAAAUUCGUAGUUUGGAGCUAACUGUUGUUUGAGAGCACUGGCAAAGGCCAAAAAAUUUUCCCUUUUCAUGUUUUCUCACGUAAAUUAUGAUGCCCUUGUAGAUACAUUUUUGUUUUUCGUUGUAAAUGACUGCAUUGAUACACCA